AUGGCUCUCGUUGACAACCGUACUUCUCACCAGAAUCCCACGCAAUCCCUGCGGUUACACAACUACUUCGGGGUGAAGCCCACUCUGGCGACGGCGGCCUUCGAAGGAUUCGAGGGUAUUCUGAAGCUUUACAAGCCAUCGCACAACUCUCGUGGCGUGUUUGGGGGCAACCUUUGUGCACAAGCCCUUGUGGUCGCGAUGGAAACCGCGCCUGUAAAUUUUGUGCCCCACCUGCUCCAUCUGUAUUUUGUGCUGGCUGGGUGCGACGAAACCAAGUGCUCAUACACCGUGGAACGCUUAUCGGAUGGGAAAGUGUUUUGCAACCGCUUGAUUAAAGUGACGCAAAGCGGUGAGCUUAAGUACGUGGUGAUGGUUAGUUUGACGAAUAAAAAUCUGACGCAUGAAACCCGUCGGAGAUACGAGCAAACUAAAUCCGGCCAACUGGGAUUCGAGUUCCAGACUCCAGUUAAUCUGACUUUUUACAAGUACUCACUCGACGAGUUGGAAACGAUCAAAGACUACGACUUUUCUGGCCUCUUGGAACACAAGUUUCCUCCUAACUUUUGCGACCACCAGGUUGACAUCGAUGAACACAAAAAGACAGCCGCCGAGCGAGAUUUGCUGUUCUGGAUUCGCUGCAAUGAUGAGCGCCCCCAUGAUAGCAAAUACCGGUACGCUGGCUUUGGCCUGAUAUCUGACCUGAUCUACUUGACCUCUUUGCUGAGAAUAUUACACUUGCCUGCUCACGACGACCCUCGGUUCCCCAUUGGACCGACGGGAGGCAAAAAUAAUCACUUUUUCAGCGUGCUGUUGGACCACGCUGUCUACUUCCAUGACGACGACUUCGACCCUACUGAUUGGACGUUUGUUAACUUCAAAACACCACGUUUCUCGAACAAUCGCGUUUAUAUCCAGGCGGGAUAUUAUAAUCGCCAAGGAAAAUUGUUUGCUCUGGUUGUUCAAGAGGGCUUGGUUUUAUUUCAUGGCGGGUCAGAGUUCAAGGCGAAGCUCUAA